UCUCUCUGUCGCUCUACGAACCUCUUCUCCGCGCUUGAUAUAUCUUUCUCCUUCCUCCUUCUCUCGUCCCUCUCGCUCGCCAUGCCGUAUCCAUCCUUCUCUCGCCUUUCUAUCAGCGGAAUCUACCUUGACUCUCCGCGUGCUAGUGCUGCUAGUGGAGAGUCCUCUCUCCUGGUGGAAGGUACUGCUCGAUGGGCCAGGAGACUGGGACGCGACGCGACGCUCGGGCAGUUCACUAGCGGCAGCGUGUUUUCAGCGAUGCUUUCAGCCAUCCUGACUGAAGUCUUCAGUCCGAGUGCGACUCUCAUUGCGUACGGUGCGGGUACGGACUCUCCGAGUGCGAUGAUCUUGGCUUAGUCUCAUUCGAUCGUCUGUCUUCUUCAUUCAUUAUAUUUAAUCGAAUUAAGGGUUAACGAAGUUUUAACAGUUUUACUGUGUAACGCGAGUCUUUGAUCUUUUGUGUUUUAUUAGUGGAAAAUUUUAUCAGGAUGGAUUUGAAGUGUACCUUUGAUUGGAACGUACGUCAGGUUGUUACUGUAAUGUGUCAUACUUAUUGUACAAGAUAAAAAAGAUGUGGUUGUAAGAGCGGAGAAUAUCUGUGAAGAUUGCUGUCAGGGCGAGACCAGAAAUAUAAAUGGAAAUAGAGGACAUGUCAAAUUCAACGUGUACCAGCUCCAAAUCAAGAUGAGACUGAGUCCUAUACUUCUAUCGGCGGCUACGGCCUGGCUGGGACGUACCACUGGACAGUAUCUUAUUCCAAAGAAUAGCGAGGGUCGACCUGAGCUCUCGACCGAGUUUUUCCUGGUUCCCGACGUCUCGGAGAAGAAUAGCGUAGCUAAUGUAGCUAGUGUCGCGAGCGUGAUCAGCGUGCCAGCACCAAAUCGAACGAUUUCCAUCUUCAGAGGACAUCCCGGCCGAACCGGAUAUCCUGCCGAAGUUCAAGUCUCCGGGAUACCGAGUUCAACUGUCGUUCAGCAACCCUUACUCAGGCAGCAGCCCUGGGCUCUUCCUCUAGCAGCCCUGAGCGCAGCAGCGAUGUUCCUCAUGGUCGGCUUUGAAGUCUUCGUACUGCUGAAGCUCUCGCUUUUACAGGCGAGGGCAGCUGCUCCCAGCAGAAGACACUUAUUCCUCGGGCAAGCUCUCCUGCUGGGCCUCUUCCUCUUGGCGGGACUUUCGGCAGCUGUCUCGCUCACGCCGAAUCCUUUGUCCUGUGCUGCACUUCGACUGGUCGGCCUACCCGCUGCUCUUGUCUUCGCUGCGCUGCUCGUCAAGUGUGUCUUCCUGUUAUCAUUGAACAGUGGAGUAUACUUGCCAGCUCCUUAUCAAGCACUGGUUCUGAUCUUUGCUGUCCUGGUCCAGGUUGCUAUUAUCGGCCAGUGGUUCUACGGGGAGCCACCAGCUGUCAUUCAGUCUCAGAACUCUGGACUACCCAGCUGCAAGACACCUCUUGGACACACGGUAGCAUCCCUCGGGUACGUCAGUUUGCUCCUUGUCGCCGUAGCUUGUUUAGCCGUAAGAGCAAGAGGAGUCCGGGACAACUACAGGGAAGCAGCGUUCAUCGGGAUGGCCGUUGGAGGAUCGCUGCCUGUAUGGAUAUCAACUGGGAUUGGAUCUCUAAUAGCAUCCGAGGAUAAUAAAGAGGCCUGGUUGGCUUACGGCCUCUUGGCAACGUCCUUAUUCGUAUUCCUGACUAUGUUCCUGCCGAAGGGUAGACAACUGGCUGCUCUAGGUCGGGAAGGACCUAGUGCGGUCCGAGACAGGGAAGAACAACUUAGUUCCCUACCAGCUAGUGGCUACUCGCCGUCCUUCUUUCAUUUCAAACCAGCCCCGGGUUCCCUCAAGAGGAAGAUGCAGUACCAGAGCGCUGAUCGUGUCGCCUUGGUUUCUUCAGGAAUUCCGAAUUGCAGUGCGUGCAGGCACGGUGGCAGUCCCGUUUAUUCCGAAGACGUUCAUGGACCCUUGGAGACUUUUGUCAUACCACCAGGAAUGUAUCUGAGACCCGAGGAAGCUGCUGGUAACCUCUACACGACACUCUCGGCGAAUCCGAAUGUUUUCUUUCAAAGAGCACAUCCUGGAAUGAUGUACUAAAUUGGAUCUUACGACCUGGACGUGUCGUUCGUGGGAGCUUGUACAUAUUUCAUUGUGUCUAUUGAUAUUAGAGAAUAAGAAAACCUGUGUGGAGCACCGGUUGUGAUGGUGCCUUAAAACGUGUAAUAAAGUACACUUAUAGAUCCAUA